UCCUCCUCCUCCGCCUGCUCCUGCUCCUCUCUGCCGGACAGUCCUGUGUGGGGGUGUUUUCCUGUGACACGUAAACUCUGCAUUUCACAGGCUCUUUCAUUCCUCCUCGCAGGACACGUCCUCCCGGGGCAGGGAGUGCACAGAGACCCCCUGUCCCGCCCCGGAGCCCAGACCUGCCGAGACAUGGAGGCACGAGACGCGAUCGCAGGUGCUCUUGUGAGCAGUGAUGGAGAAGAACACACUUCACCAAAGACAGAAGCUCCAGAAACAGAGCAAUCACAAACCAAAACCAGGAUGGAGAAGAUCUUUGGGUUCAAGAAGGAGGACCUGAGUUCCUGGGAGAGCCUGGUGACCCUCCUGAACCGUCCCACUGAUCCUGCAUGUCUUGGCAUCUUCCGCUGCUUGUUUGGUUUGCUGAUGGCUAUAGACGUCACGCAGGAGCGUGGGCUCAGUCACCUAGACUACAAGUACCUGGAUGGAGCCCCUGUCUGCCGCUUUCCCCUCUUCAACUUUCUGCAGCCGCUGCCACUGGACUGGAUGUACCUGGUAUAUCUGGUUCUGUUCCUCGGCUCGCUGGGCAUCAUGCUCGGCUGUUUCUACCGCCUCUCUUGCCUCUUGUUCAUCUCCACAUACUGGUACAUCUUCUUUCUGGACAAAACGACUUGGAACAAUCACUCAUACCUCUACGGCCUCAUUGGGUUUCAGCUCACGCUCAUGGAUGGCAACAGAUACUGGUCGAUUGAUGGAUUGCGAAGGCCGUCCAUAAGAAACGCUCAUGUUCCUCUAUGGAACUACACCUUGCUGAGGACACAGAUAUUUAUCGUGUACUUCAUUGCUGGAAUCAAAAAGCUGGACGCUGAUUGGGUGGAGGGAUACUCCAUGUCAUACCUGGCACAUCACUGGCUUUUCGAUCCUUUCAAAGUGAUUCUUCCUGUGGAGUUAGUAAGCCUGCUGGUGGUGCAUGGAGGCGGUCUCAUCCUGGAUCUGACUGCUGGAUAUCUGCUGUUUUUUGACGCCACGCGGCCUUAUGCAUUUUUCUUUGUCAGCUACUUCCACUGUAUGAACUCUCAGCUGUUCAGCAUCGGAAUGUUCUCCUACACAAUGCUGGCCACCAGUCCCCUCUUCUGCUACCCCGACUGGCCGAGAAGGUUUUUUGACCGUUUCCCAUCGUUCCUGAAGGCAGUCCUGCCGCUCACGUCGGCGGAGCCCCAGCGCAGCACCUCCUGUGUUUACCAGGGCGACCAGACUUCAAGCGGUGAACGGCAGCAGGCCCCAGCUGCUCCGAAAGCCCCCAAACUGAGACUCAGGCACAAGCUGAGAGCCAUCUUUACCAUUCUCUAUAUUGCCGAGCAGUUUUUCAUGCCCUACUCCCACUUCAUCACGCAGGGAUACAACAACUGGACUAAUGGCUUGUACGGAUACUCUUGGGACAUGAUGGUUCACUCUCGAAGCCACCAGCAUGUGAAGGUGACCUACAAAGAUGGAAAAACGGGGGAAAUCGGAUACCUGAACCCGGGGGUGUUCACACAGAGCCGUCGCUGGAAAGACCACGGAGACAUGCUGAAGCAGUACGCCACGUGCCUGAGCCACUUCCUGCCGCGCUACAACAUCUCCGAGCCCGAGAUCUACUUCGACAUCUGGGUGUCCAUCAAUGAGCGCUUCCAGCAGAGGAUCUUUGACCCCCGUGUUGACAUCGUGAAGGCCGAAUGGUCACCUUUCCGACCGAACCCCUGGCUGAUGCCCCUGCUGGUUGACCUCUCACCCUGGAGGACGAAAUUCCAGGAGAUUGAGGGCAGCUUGGACAAUCAGACCGAGAUCGUCUUCAUAGCUGAUUUCCCAGGCCUCCACUUAGAAAACUUUGUGAGUGAGGAUCUGGGAAACACCAGCAUCCACGUGCUGCAAGGCAACCUGAAUGUGGAGAUAGUGGAGGAGAAGAAGAACUACACUGUGAAGCCUGGUGAGCAGAUCAAGGUCCCUGCUGGAGCGUAUCAUAAGGUGUACACGGUGUCUGACGACCCGUCGUGCUACAUGUACGUCUACGUGAACACCACCGAGGCGGCGCUGCAGGAGAACUUCACCAAGCUCUACGAACUCCAGGAGCGCGUUCGCAACGGGACAGAAACCGAGCCUCUUCCUCCGGAGCUGCAGCCCCUCGUCGCCGCGGACGACGACGAGGGAGCGGAGGUCAACGCCACCGACCCCAUCGUGAAGCUGUUCCUGAAGAGGCAGCGCAGGAUGAAGGAGGUGAAGAAGCGCAGAGAGGCCGGCGUGCUGGAGAGACUGGAGCGGUUUGCCGUCAAGAAAUACUACACAAUACGACGAGGAUUCCUGAUGACGGCCAUUGCAAUGAGAAACCUGGCGGUGGGCCUUCCGCCGCUGGAGCAGCUGACCAGGGAGGUGGAGUUCGCCAACAUGAAAGGACCUCAGGCGGAAGCCGCUCCAGACGAACGGCUCAAGGAUGAAGUGGGUCACGGAGAACUUUAACGCCGCCCAGAACAGACAUGCUCAGGUGUUUGAUGCGCAGGCGCGUGCGUGUAUCGACGUGCGCUUCCCCUGCCGGACUGUUACUUCACUGGGACAUUUCCACCCAGGGAUCCAAGGAUUUAAGAUUUUCUCCUCUCCUGAAAUAGUUGGCAUUCCAGAGGAUGAAUGUUUCUGUUACUGCUGCAAAACUGCUUUGUGAAAAUUCAAGGAAACUUAAUUAAAAAUGAUCUUACAGCUUUACUGACUGUUAAGAUCAUUUCAUGAAAAUAAUAUGCUGUGAAAGCUGCUUUGUUUUAAGUGAGACGUGGGGAAAACAGGAAACUUGUGAUGGGGUGGGUUCAGUUUUCAUGGAGACAGAAUUCAUUGAACCUGCUGAUUUUGUUUUUAAUUCCAGUCUUCAAUGAUCAAAAGCCAACAGGUUUGCAGAGAGAGUGGGAAUAUACUGUUUUCAAGGAAUAUACUGUUUAUCUUUAGUCCUAUGAUGUGACAAAAUCACUUCAUUACAGUCAAUGGGGCUGCUACGCUAUUGACAGAAUUUUCUAAGUUUUUUUUUUUUUAAUAAAUAACCAUUGUUUU